CAAUAUAAAUAGCCUUUUUCUGCUCCUAUGAAUACCAGUUGUUAACGCCGGUGGUUUUUUACAAGACUAUAGCCGUCAUCAGUCAAUAUAUCAAUGAUUUCGUUAAUGAAUAGUUUCGUACAAUCGAGUGAAUCGCUUUCUCUUAGUUUCCCUAGGCUGGUUUAAUUCUCUUUGGUCUAUACCUAUAGACUGUAGUCUGCCCUUAUUGGGCAAUAAUUAAAAAAUUUUUUAAAGAAAUUAAAAAAAAUCCUAAUACAUAAUAAGAAGAACUAUCCAACAUUAAAAAUACACUUCCAUUGCUUCCAUUAUAUUCUUUGAGUAGAUAAAAUCAAUUGAACAGUGCAUACCCAACAUUUCUUUUUAAUAUUAAUAUUGAUUUGCAUUGCUUUGAGUUACAAUCGUCAAAGCACAGCUAUGAAUAAUAUAUCUGAUCCUGGUAAAAGUAGUAUUGGUCCUAGUGUUGUUGAGGCAGUAGACUAUCUACAUGGUGUUGAAUCCUCAACCUGUCUUCUUUUGACCCCUAGCUCGACCGCUCUUGAUUUUAAGCAUCCAUUGUCUCAAGAAAUGACUGAAGGACCAUUUAUCACCCUUAACAAUGAUGAUAAUAAAAGUGUUAACACUGGGAAUUCAGAAACAUGCAUUGGAGACUCCAGCUCAUCAGGCGAUUCUAAUUCCAUAGUUCAGGAUCCUGUCAGUGCUCAAUUAAUCAACAAUAUCAGUAUGUUAGAUUAUCAUACUCUUAGCAAAAAUGGGGAUGCGAUAAUGGGACAGCCUGAAGGAAAAGUCAAUGGGAGUAUUAGUUUAAAUAACCGAAAACUACCCAACUUUGUUAAUUGGAAUUGGGUUGUUAUAAGAAAAGUACUUUUAUGGUUUGUUGUAUCUGGUCUCAUGGCAUGUUUAGCAGCUAUUGUAGCCAUGGUAAUUACAAUACCAAAGACAUGCAACCCUCACCUGCCAUGGUAUCAAGGUAAAGUGUUUUAUGAAGUAUUCCCGGCAAGUUUCAGAGAUUCUAAUAAUGAUGGAAUAGGAGAUUUACAAGGUAUCAUUACAAACUUAGAUUAUAUCAAAGAUUUGGGUGCAACUGCUAUCAGACUAAACUACAUAUUUGAAGCUAAUGAUUAUCCCGAACAUUAUUAUAACACUACAUUGUUGCUGCAAAUUGAUAGAAGUAUUGGAGUUUUGAGUGAUUUUCAGGAACUUAUAACUGCUGUUCAUCAACAAGAUAUGUUUCUUGUCCUAGAUUUACCAGUCAUUAAUAUUCUUGACACCAGUACUACAAAUCCAUUAGAUUUUGUAUCAAAUUACUCAAUUGUGUCUAACAUGGACCCAACCACAGCUGCCUUGGUUUAUUGGGCACAAACAGAAAAGGUUGAUGGAUUUUACCUAAAAAAUUUAGAGAAAUUUGUUGAUGAUAUUUCUUUUGGUAGAUCUAUUCAAAUCUGGAAAGAGAUAAUUGGUAACGGUAAGAUUUUAAUGGCAAGUGAAGAUGUUUUAUAUAGAACAGAAAGUGAAAGUCGUUCUGUAUUAUUAAAUAAAAUAGAUUUAUUUGAUGUUUACCUAGAUAUAAAUGAAGAUAUUACUCGCCUUAAGAAUAGAAUUGAUAAGUUAAUAUCUGGAGUUCUUUGGGACAAACCUUUUUAUCCCUGGGUUCAUUGGAAUAUAGGAAAUGUUAAUACUGAAAGAAUCUCAAUGAAACAUAAAAACAAUACUUUAGCCUUGUUUGCUCUCGAAUUGGCUUUACCCGGGACUGUUGGAAUAUUUUAUGGUGACGAAGUAGGGCUGGGUGGAAUUGCAAAACAAGAAAUAGAAGGUGAUUUCCAUGAACACAAAUAUGUACAUAAUCUAGUACCAAUGCCAUUUUUUAAUAAAGAGAACACAGCGAUUUUACCAUGGAGUGGAAAGUCUUCGUUGGAGCCAAAUAAUCAAUAUUUAAAAGUCAUAAGAAGCCUGAUUGAAUUAAAGUUCAAAACACCUACACUAUAUUUACGGGGAAUCAUUAAAGAAGGAAAUAUAUUAAAGAAUAUAGAAAUACAAACUACUGAAGAUAACCUUGUCGUAAUGCAGCGGUGGUAUCCUCGAAGGAACACAUGUGUGUUUGUCAGCAAUCUAGGUAACACAGAGAUCACCACAGACUUGUCAUCAAUGUUCUAUGGUGGCACAGUAGUUGCUGCUACUAACUCAUCCUUGCUCGGCCAAUUUCUGUAUUUUGAUAAAAUUACUUUUCAGCGAAAUUCUGCAAUUCUGUUUAAAUUGGAAAAGUAGGUCAUAUUAUAGAAUGUGGCUCUACAAUGGCGACAUUAAGUGAACACAAGAGUAGAGCUACUUAAUUGUAAUCAAAAAAAAGUUUGUAUGUACUUAUGUAUGCAUGCAAGAACUUAUACUUCUUUGGCCUAACAAAGCAAAAAUCAUUAAAAUGAUUUAUUCCUCGUGCUAUUCUACGUUUUUAGAAAGAAAAUUUCGUAAUAACCUUGCAAAGAUAGCUUGACAAUUAAUUAUUAAAUAAUGAAUAGGGCUGUAUUCGCUUGAACCCUUUGCCUGUCCUAAUAAUGGACGAAGAAACCAAAAAAUAUAACGAAUGACGCAAACGUCAGAAAAUUUUAGGAACCAACUUCAACCUGUUACUUUUGUAUUACAGUGAUGUUCGCGCAUCUUAAAAUUUCACUCUCAUCAUUUUUCAUAACGCGCCUUAAGAAAUAUAACUUCAAAAAUAUUUCUAAAAAUUAAAAGUAAAUAAUUGAAAUUUUGCAAUUUUCGAACAUAGAAAUUAUAAAUUUAGAAAAUAAAAUAUUAAUCACCCCAUUAUUAUGUGGGCUCACGUGAGCGCUAUUCAUCUAAUAGUUCCGACUUCUUACGGCUACGGAGCGGCUUGGUAAAGUAGGUACCUAUCAGUGCCUAUGAUACCUCGCGUUUACUAUAAGUACCUAAUCUUACAGGUGUUCCGAAAUGAUGUUAUGGAAUAUUGGUUUGUUUAGGUGUUUUUUUUUUUUUAUUUAUGAAAUUAUUUCAUGAUUAAGGUUAAGUUAUGCUGUACCUGUAUAUUCAUUUAAUGUCGCCUAAUAGCUCCACACUGUUUAAUUGUAGGAACUACUGAAAAGUUUUAGAAUUAUCUUAUAUUAUUACUUAAUUCUAGAAUAUUAGUGGAGUGAUAAAUGAGCUCAAAGCUUAAUAUUCCAAAUUCAAUUCAGUUAAUGAAAGUCUUAUUAGACUUUUUAAGGUAUCCGUUUUGCCUUCAAUUUUUUUUUUAUAACUGUGACUCUUUAUUGUUGUUCCUAAAUUAAAAGUAAUAUUAUUAUUUAACUUAAAAUUAAGAUAAUGUAAGUAUGUAAUUACUAAUAUCGCUCUGCCAAAAAUAUAAAAGAAUACUCACUAUAAUUGAAUUAGAAUUACUUUCUCUCUAGUCGCCUAAGGUUCCUAUCUUUUUUUAAAUGUAUACAAAAUUAGUUUUGUAAAUUUUUUUGAUUUUUUAUUUAAAACUUUGUUUACCUGACAAAAGUUUAAAAGGUUAAUUAAUAGUUCAUUGUUCAAGCGCAAAAGUUAGUGAUUGCUAUGUGGGUGUAUUAUGCCCCAAUACACCAGAAUUGGGCGAUCACAUUUUCUUCCUUCCUUUCAGAAACAAGUAUGAUACAGUGCCAUAAAAUAAAUUUAUUACUACGUUUUAACCAAAAAAAACUUUAUUUUAAAAGAGAGCUGCUAUAAGUUUUCGAUUUAUAAAGAAUCUCGCCAGUAUUUCUGUCUGAAAAAAAUACCUACCGUAUUUUUUUUAUUCUAGCAAAAAAACAUAAUAUUAUGAUGAACAUGAUAGAAGUGGAUUUGCAUAUAUUUUAAAUAAACUUGAAACUCAAUCUAAGAUUUUGUGCGUUCAUGCGUGUUAAACCACGUCAGAUAUAGUUUUCAUACAACUUUUCUGUCCUCAAUUUCCGCCCUGUAAAUUCAUCCAAUGUUUUUCGGGAUGUAUAAAUCUACGCUGAGCAGGUAGGUACUAAGUUUUAAUGUAUUAUGGACAAUCAGUUUUAAUCUAUUAAAGACUACGUGUUAAAAAAUUUUAAAAAAUAUACGAUAUUUUUUGUUGUUUAAUUUUAUAUAGAAACUCAUGUUUAAAAAAUUAUGAUAUUUUUCUUACUAACGCGAGUGUUACACUUUUUAAAUAAAAUAGUUUGCAAAGGAUUAAAACGCGUGUAAUUGAAACUAUAAAAAAACGUAAACGUUAAAUUUUUAUGAUUAUUUUUUUAUCCGACGUUUCGUGACCUAUUCAGAGCAAGUUUUAAUCCUCUGAAAAGUAUUUUAUUUAAAUAUCAUAUUUAUUAUUGUUUUAAUCUUAGAUAAUUUAUACGAUCUAGAUAUUAUAUUGUGACAGGUGUGAACAGGUCAAGUAAUAAUUAAGAUACAGUUUUGAUUUUGGAAAUUCAUUACUUUUUAAUUAUUUUCAUCAUUAAUGUCAUUAUUUACGGAGUUAUGUAUGUUAUAGUAUUAAAUCGUUUUAAAUAAAAUAAAUAA